ACAAUGGUCUUAUUCAAAAUAAAUCAGUCGUUUGCGCUAUUGAUUCGCACAAGUAUAUACGAGAACCCACAAGUUAUGAUACAUGCCUGGAUAUGUGGAAUCAACAUGAGAUUUUACUUUUAACAGGCCGGUUUUAUGUUAAGAUCACGCUUUGUGGCAAGUCUCAGAUUCAAGCUUUUGCAAAGGACAAAUUCUGCCUGGAUUCAUAUUCAGUUCUAUGCAUGUAUUCAAUUGUGAAAGACUGACGCCAUCACCAUGAUAGAUCUCCUUGGAGAGUCAACCUUACCACAGGUCAAUGGAUUGACCAUCACAGCUACACUUGGUGUUGCAGCCAUCUCUCUGGCCUUAUGGACGAUAGUCAGACCUAGGAACUUCCCUCCAGGACCCAGAGGAUUCCCUCUGGUUGGAAGUCUCUUCUCAUUUAAUGAUAGCAUGGAGAAGAUUUUCCCGGCCUGGAUAAAGCAGUACGGUGAUAUAUUUGCCUUUAAGUUGGGUGAACAUUGGAUGGUCGUCUUAAACCAUCAAGAGAUCGUCAAGGAGGCUCUUCUCAAGCAGGGUGUCCAAUUUGCAGGCCGUCCACGGUUCCCAUCAGGUGCUUUAUUUUCCGAUGGAUACAAAGAUAUCGCUUUCGGAAUGUUCGAUGAUACUUGGAAAAUGCAUCGUAAACUAGGACACACAGCUCUGAGGCACUUCGCUACAGGAGAAGCCCUCCACAAGCUACUCUCAUCCGCUUUCCCUAAGUUGAAAGUUGAGGUUGAAAAGACAAUAGGUCAACCAGUCGAUCCGAAAAGCUUCAUCUCGCUUCUCUUGAACAAUAUCUUCUCUGAGAUGUGCUUCGGAAAGAGUUUCGACAUGCAUGACCCGAAGAUCCUCGAGUUCAUGAAGAUCUCCGAUGAUCUUAAUCUAGAGGUAGGUCUAGGGUUUCCUGAGGAUAUAUACUCAUUUCUAAAGUACGUUCCUUCCAAAAAGCGUGGCAUUUGCGUGGGGCUGAUGAAUAGGAUGAGGGAUAUUGUCAUCGACCAGAUCGCAGAUCACAAAGAACAGCAUGUAAAAGGUGAAGUAACUGACAUCUAUCAUCUGCUACUUGAUGCCCAGGAGAAAGCAAUUGAGGAGGAUAAGAACCUGGAGAAACUGAGCGAUGAUCGAAUCCUCUGGACUAUCAUGGAUAUUUUCAGUGCUGGUAUCCAAACAUCCACAGACACCCUCUAUUGGGCUUUGGCAAUGGUCACCGAACACCCCGAAAUCGCUGAGAAGAUCAGAACGGAAAUCGACAGUGUGAUAGGGCGUGAUCGCGUCCCCAAGAUCGAGGAUCGUGGAACCAUACCAUACACGGAGGCAACAGUUUAUGAAGUGUUGCGUUAUUCAUCCUUAGCACCAGUUCUCAUCCCCCACGCCACGACUUGUGAUACUACUUUGCGAGGUUACAGUAUCCCCAAAGGCACUACAGUGAUGAUGAACGUCUUCUCCAUGCAUUUUGAUCCUCGAGAAUGGAAAGAUCCCGAGAACUUCUGUCCAGAGCAUUUUCUUUCGGAAGACGGCACAAUCCGUGAGCAUCCACCGAGCUUCAUGCCGUUCGGGGCUGGCCGUCGAGGAUGUCUAGGGGAAGCCGUGGCCAAGGCCGAUCUAUUCCUCAUCUUUACCUGGUUCAUGCAGAACUAUACCUUCAGCAAGGUUCCUGGCAAAGAAAGUGAGAGCCUCACCAACAUGAUUCCCAAGUCUGCUGCCGGAAGGGUCCUUCUUCCCUAUGAGAUUGUGAUGAACAAGCGGGAAUGACUAGACACAGGACUAUGUUGGUGGCCCGGCACGACAUGUUCUCCGCCGUGAAAGGGUUGUUCAUUGUACGAUUCAAAUUCGAGUUCAAAUCCAUACUCAAAUUCGUGUUUAUUCAUUUCCGACAGGAAAAAAAAUUACAAGAUUGUUACACUUUAUUAGAUUCGAUGGUAUAAUAUUGUAUAAUAUUUUGUAUGUUCUUAUAUUUUGUAAACAUGUAUAUUUCAGCCACUGGCUGCCAAUCAUGUAUUGCCAAUAAACCACUACUAUUCUGGUAUAACUCGGCAUUAACAGAUAAAAAGCGUACGUGCAUAAAUAAUUGUGUUUUAUCCCUCGGUAUAGCAGCUACACUAAUUAUAAAGAGUCCCAUUGCAGGCUUACCAUGGACUGUACAAUGCAGAAUUGUGAUAUUGUGCAAUUAGCGGAUCACACAUGAGAAAUAGAGUCGUGUGAAAAUCUU